AUGGCCCCAGACGUCUGCACCUUCACCCUCAACACGGGUGAUGAAAUGCCUGCCGUCGGCUUCGGUACAUGGAACAUCCCUCGCUCCCAGGCCGCCAAAGCGGUAGAAACAGCCCUCCGUGCCGGUUACCGUCAUAUCGACACAGCCCUCGCCUAUGGCAACGAAAAAGAAGUGGGAGCCGGUAUCCGCGCUUCUGGUGUCCCCCGUGAAGAGAUCUGGGUGUCAGGAAAGCUCCGAAACAACUGGCACAAACACGCCCGAAAGUGCCUUCAAACGAGUCUGAAGAAUCUCGGUGUCGGAUAUCUCGACCUGUACUUGAUUCACUGGCCCUGUUCCAGAGACGCAGACAACCCGGCGAUUUGCUAUGAGGAUUGGGAUUAUGUUGAUACGUGGAUGGAGAUGGAGGAAUUGCUGGACGAAGGCAAAGUUCUGAACAUUGGCGUGUCCAACUUUGGGAUUCAACAGCUGGAAAGGCUAUUGACUUCUACCGAAAUUGUGCCCGCUGUCAACCAGAUCGAGCUACAUCCUUGCAAUCCAUCGCCCAAGCUUGUAGCAUACUGCAACAAUCGAGGUAUCCAUUCCGAAGGCUACUCAUGUCUGGGAUCUGGUCACUCAGCCCUGCAUCGCAACAAGACCCUGCGCGACAUCGCUGAUGCAAAGGAGAAGACAGUGCAGCAGGUGUUGCUUCAAUGGGGCAUAGAGAAGGGCUGGGGCGUAGUCUGCAAGAGCGUCACCCCCUCCAGAAUCAAGUCCAACUUUGAGUUGAGUGGAUGGGAGUUGACCGACGAUGAUAUGGAGGCGAUCGAUGGCAUCAAAAAGCGGUUCAAGGCUGUUGGCGAUGGAUUUCUGCCGCAUAGAGUGUUCUUUGGCGACGAUGAGUGA